CACCGGCUAAGGAAAUUCUUUGGGGAAAGUCCCUGCUGAGCUAAGCACCCGGAAGUGUAAGCUUUCAUUAUUGCAAUGCAAAUCAUGGCGGACCUAGCAAAACUGCUGCAUCAUCCUGAACUACAAUGAUAGCCGCAGGAUCAUCACCACACAACUAAUUCUACUGCCGUUACGUGAUAAAAGAUUCAGUGUACUCCUAACGUCUGGUACUCGAGCAACCAAGUCGUCUUGAAAUAACAUGUAUGCAGAAUACAAUGCUAUUGUGUUAGUAAUAUGGACUAGUGACUCCAGAAAUGAAGAUACUCCAAAUUAUCCUAGCCUACAGAGAGAGCCUAUAAUAUGUCAACACUACAGUACCACAUUUUCAAUUUUUAGGAAAGACCAGAAACUUUCCAACCUAAGUAAAAUCCAAGCCAACUCCAACGUUUUUCAAAACAACCAGACUAGUUCUAGCUCUACUCAUCUAAAUCGAGACUAUAACGGGAAUAUUCUAAUUAAUGAGCAAGACACAAGCCAGCAGCCGUUGACACUUGCGAUACUUGCAUUGAAACCAAGAGAGUUCAAACCAAAGCGAUGUGAAAUUUCAAAAGUCUCCUUGGAACAGACCGAAAAAGAUAGCGUGAAUGACACAGUUGCAAAAAUUAGACCUACUACUGGCCACUACAUUGUCGGAUUCUUUGUAACUACAUCCUUUCCUCAACCAUUCCAAAAAGCUAUUAAAUGGCCUUUGUAUGAGAAGAAGAGAGAAAACUCGUUACACACUCUGCGACAGCUUUUACCAAACACAAUUUCAAGCAUUUACGAAACUGCUAUAGUUUGUUGUGUCAAAAAAAAUGCUCUAUUAUCAGAAUAUUUGUAUGAAAUUUUUGUCAUACUUCACCAGGAAAAAAAAGACCAGUCCUUUUUGUCAAAAACUAGGAAAAUUAAUUGCAAACAAGCAGCAUCCAAUUUAAAAGAACACCCUGAUGAUCACAGUUUUCCAGUUGACAAAUCUAUUGCUCAAACAAGCCAUUUGCUAGAUGAAGAGAAAUGCAUGCUGCUACAAAUGUCAUGCCUUGUCAAGUCCCUGCCAGGUAGCACUGCCUCUCAUCAAAUGGACAGUAUAGCAUCUGUUGUGCCAGAAGGAAUCACCGAACAAUUUGUUUACAUUGAUGUUGGCAGUCUAACCAAUGAAGCGUCUCACCAAGCAUUGCUGAUCAUACAGCAUGAAAUGGUUGGAAAAGACUGUAAAUUACACACUGAGUUAUCCCUUAAAACAGAUCUUAGACUUCACCAGACUUUUAGCAUACCACCCAGUAUCAAAAAUGGAAUGUUUCAUUGCUCAUCAUCAAAAUCGCUAUCGGAGUUUAUUGAUGAUAACAUUUUGUCACGAAAUAAACUUAAUUUUAACAAGCCAUUUUUGAAUAAUUAUGGAGUAUGUAUUACUGUUUCACCAGAACUCAUUGACACUGAGGAUACUAGAAGUGUUCUAUCACUCCAAGUUUCGGCUAACGUAUCAAUUUAUCGUCAACCCCUACCACUGAAAAUCCUUAAUGAAGCCAUGAAGGCUGGAUUUGUCUAUGUGAAUACUACUAAUAUCUUAUUCUUUGGAAUGGCUGGUACUGGUAAAACCUCCACUAAGCAUCUCCUUUUGGGACUGCCUCCUCCUCAAGAUCGAAAUAGCGCUCCAUUAGCUAGCACAGCAGGGAGGGUACGUGUUAUUAGACAAAUUCGAAACACUACAAAGUUGAAAAUAGAAGAUAGAAUAUGGAAACCUGUAUCUAGUGAUGAGCUACAACGCAUUGUUGCUGAUGCUAUUAAAUCUCAUGUAUCCAGCUCAGAUCCCAACUCUAAAGUAUCUGCUAUCCCACAAGAACUCAGCAUUGCUCUAAAGGAACUUGAACCUAUCAAUGAAUUGGAUACGGAAGUUGACGCAAUUUGUCCAGCUAUAAUAUCAGUAGCUAGAGCAAAAACAACACAAGAAAUCAACACUGUUUCUAAUAACACUGCAAUACAUCUGUUAAAACACUGGUUAAUUUUUCCUGGUAAAGGAAUUAUUACAAUUGAGCUUUUAUCCAGGUAUUAUGUCUAUGGACUCUUUGCACCCAUUGAUCUCAUUGAAAUAUUCAAGCACUUGCUGAUAGCCAUCCCAUUUGGUUUAUUCUCACGAGGGCAAGAUAAGCGUUUCUAUGUGCCAUCACUUCUAUCAUUGCUCCCACCAACUCAAGUCAAUGACAAACGGGUUGAUUUACUUCAGACCGGUUUAAUCCCACUCGUUUUACACUUCAAAAGUAACUGGCAGUGCUGUGGAGUGUUUUGCUGUCUCCAAGUGUAUCUGAUUAAAGAAUGUGAUUGGGAAAUUGAAAUGGAUCACCAGCCGAGCAGAAACUUUGUAAAAUUUUUUCGUCAAGAUAGUUUUAUCACACUAAUCAGUGACGGAUUUUCGUUCCUUGAAAUUCAUUCCAGUAGUGAUCGAAAAGAAAUGUUGUCGUUGAUAAAUAAAAAUAUUCACUCUGGUAUUCAAUCUGCUUACCGAGCCCUAAAAUACACAUAUGAGGAUCCUGAAGUAGCAUUUUUGUGUCCCUAUGAUUUUCUCGAAUUUCAACCACCUUCAACUGAAAUAAAUUCCCAAGUGCCCCACCACCCAGCUUGUGUUAUGUCUGAGGACAAUGUUAUGAGGUGUACUCUAUGCAAGAAGAUUACGUAUAGGCUAGAAGACGGUCAUAAAGAUUGGCUCUCUGCUCGUAAACUCGAAGAUCCUCUAGCCUCAGGACAGCGCACGAGAUUAUUGUCAGCAGAUAAAGAAGGUGAAACUGUGUCAAAGCGUCAGAAGAACGAUGUCACUGUACAAGGGGUGGAGGAAGGGCACCUUUAUCAAGAAGCCAUCAAGAACGAUCAAACAGUGUCUCUUCGCUACCUCAAGCUCCUUCUUCUUGGUCCUGGCCAAGUUGGAAAGUCAACCUUUUUCCGUAGACUUCUUGGUGAAAUGAAAUGGGACAUUGACUCAGAUCCAAAACCUCAUUGUAGCACAGAAAUGGCUCGCUUACAGCAAGUAUGUAUUAAAUAUACUCCUAUUGCUGCCGCUGUUACUAUGGAUUGUUGGCACACUAUUGAAGAAUUACACAACCAAGUUGCCGUAUUAACCUCAAUGUUGGUGAACGAACAAGUGCAUGUUAAAGAAGUUGGUACUACCAAGUUAACAGAAUCCCAGAGAAUAAACAAACCUGAAGCAGAGUCUCACCAACCUCAAGUACAAUGCAAUAGUCAUUCAAGUGCUUUGCCACUAACCAGUACUCAGGAACGUCUGGGAGCUAUAACCUCAACUGACAAUCUAAAAUUGGAUUAUAAAUAUCAACAGGAUACAUUGUCUCCAAACAUAGCAAAUGUUCUCGAUAAAUAUGAAGAGCUAAGACACAAUUUGAAGCUAAAACCACAAAUUUUGAUCGAGACCCUGCUUAAUAUAGUGGAUGUAGGUGGGCAACUAGCAUUUUUGGAUAUGUUUCCAUCAUUAACAAUUGGUCCUGCUAUGUACUUGGUGUUCAUGAAGCUCGUAGACGGAUUAGGAACUGAACACCCUGUAACGUUUGUCGAUACAGAUCCAAUUGUGUGCAAAGAGUACACUUACACAUCAAAAGAUAUCAUUUUCACUGCUCUUUCAAGCAUUGCAUGUUUUGGAAAUUCGGAUGCUGAUGUAGAAGCAAGUGACAACAAAUCAAACAAAUUUUUAAGUUCAAUAGCGUUAUUGUUAGAAACAUUUAAAGAUGAAUACUUGGAAGCAACGAAAGAAGUCCAGUUAGUGGUUGAUCGAAACGAAACAGAACUCAAAACCCGAUUAAAGGACACUGGUCUUCAUAAUAUAGAAUACUAUGACCGAGAAAAAGGUCAUAUCUUUUUGAACAAAAAUGGAGAGAUUGUUACUUAUCGAAAAUGUCUUGAAGAAUUUAUACCAUUGUUUAAGAAACUGAUCAUAAAUAUCUCGAUUACUAACAAUUCUCCUUUGCUUAUGGGAAACUACAAUAUAAUUACAUUACCAGACCUCAGUGUAAGUCAUCUAGUAACUGAAACAAGAAGUAAAGAAGAAACAAAGAGCAAAAAGAAGAAAAGUGGAUUUGUACCUCCAAGAAGGCAGAUAUUUCUAUUGUUGAAGCGUCGUCGUAAACGAAAGAUAAGAGGCAAACAAAGUGCUUUGAAAGCACGGCCAUUAAGUGAUUCUGAAGAUGAUAAAAACUUGCCGGAUGUAGUUCAAGAAAAAAGCCUUAAGACAUUAAAAUCAAGAAUGCAAAUAGUAACAACAUCCAGGUAUACUGAUCCCCCAAAGUUGAAAGGUCAUGUUUCUGCUAAACUUGCAUAUUUAGAGUCUGAUUCAAACAGUCAAGAAGAAGAUAUAGGCAACCGAACUGACAUUUUUGCUACUGAUCAAUGCUCCUCUGUUAAAAUGGAUCUCGUACACAAUUGCCAAUAUUCAUAUUCAGAAGAACCAGUUGCACAAACAAGGCAAGCCCUGUUAUCCAUGAAAGGGACAGCUAUUUUCAGAGUGGGGGCACCUUCAACUGAACUAGAAUUUAAGCGUCUGCGAGUCUCAGUCAAUGUUCAAGCAUUCUAUUUGUUGAUCAAGCGUGAGAAAUCAGCUAUAGUCACAUACAUUUCUACUGAAAACAAACAAGAACUGUAUUGCUUUGAAAAUCGAGGAUUGGGUAGGAAAAAGAAACCAGUUUACAGAGUCACAUCUGAGGCUGAAACAUUGUACGAUUUCUCCAAGUCUGCAAUAGUUCAUGGAUCAUUUUCAAAACGAAACUUAGUGGUUAUCAAGGAAUUGGAAACACCAAAAAGUAACUUUGUUGGUAUUCCAUCACAUGAGAAACUUAGUCAGUCCAAUAUUGGAUUAGUAGAUCAUAUAUCUACCUCUGAAACAUCAUCACAACAACUCUAUAGCUCAGAACGUACUGACUCCAUGAGACUUCCUACAUUGGCUGCUGCAAAUAGCUUGAGCACGAGUUCAUCACCUGUAGCAGCAGAAUCUCCAGUUAAAAGUAAAGGUGUAAGAGGAAGAGUACAAGUAGAUGGUGAACAAAAGGCCUCAUUGAAUGCUUCUAUUCCACGAGCAAGUACUAUAAGGACAAGUGAGAGGACAAGGGAGAGAAACUCUCCUCGCGAAAACGACAGUAGCCUACAGCGAAGUAUCCCUACACGGAGAUCACCUGAUUGGAUUGCCAUAGCAACUAAACUUCUUCAUGUUCCUGACUAUCAAAAAAUGAUACAGAUUCUAAAUGGUGUCACACCAGCUCAAGAAGAUGUUGUGGCUCACAAAUUCAUCAAGGGAAUUGCUUACUUCAAAGUUGGCAAGUUACGACAAGCAAUGGAUGACCUACACGAAUGUGAGAAAUUUGCUUUAGAAUCCAUUGAAGACGAAAGACGUGCACACUCUCAAAGGCAAUUGGAUAGUGGAGUAUUUUCAAUGCAACCUGGAUCACAGGCUUCCCCCCAGGCAUCAAGUUUGCAAUAUUUGCAACAAUCAUCGAAAAAAGGAGACGUUGCAGUUUGUAAUGUGUACAUGGGAGAUCUGCACUAUACUUCAAGCUCCUAUCUUGAGGCAUCGAAAUGUUAUCAACGAGCGGCCGAUUUGUAUGACAGAGAAUGUGUAGCAAGACUGUUCAGGAUGGUUCCCCCCACCAUAUCAACAAUUCAUUCUAAAUGUGGCAGCUGCUUACGCAAUUUGUCCAAAUCAAUGGAGGCCAUUCAAGAGUACAGAAAUGCUAUUGAGACAGCCAUUAGAGACAAAGACCGUCUUGCUGCUCACACUAGCCUUGGAAACCUCCAACAGACUCUAGGUCAGAACAAAGAAGCACUGGUAGAGUACGAACAUGCCCUUGAUCUAGCAGAGACACUCAAUGAACACAUGUCGGUUGGUUGGACUCAUGGGAAUAUUGGAAAUGCCUUCCUCGGACUGAAUGAAAAAGACAAAGCACUAUUUCACCUCCAAAAAGCCCUUGAUAUCACUAUCAAGUACGAACCAAAACCAGAUUCUAUAGGAAGGGCAUAUAAUAACCUAGGCACUGCCUACCAGUCAAUGGGCGAUCUUGACAAAGCUGAAGAACAUUAUGACCUUGCUUUAAGUCAGGCUAUCUACGGCAACGACCCAGCUGGACAAUCCAGGGUUUAUGGCAAUAUCGGAAACAUAUAUAUUGUCAGGAAACGUUUUGAAAAAGCUAUCCCUCACUACACCGAAGUGCUUCGCCUCUCCAAAGAUGAGGCUACGAUUAGCACCGCUCACCACAACAGAGGAUGUGCACUAUAUGAGUGGGCAGAGAGUAAAAUGCUUGCUCUAGAACAAUCUUUACAGAAAACUUCCUCAAGUAAGGAGCCAACAUUUCGAUUUCACGGAUCCCAAACUACACUUCCCCAAAAGCAUAGUCCUCGUAUUGUGAUCGAUAGCAUUGCCAAACUCUUCAGAGAUGGAAUGUCAGAUUUGCAAAAGGUUGCUGAAACUCACGAAGCAAAACUUGACCACAUUAAAGGAUCAGCCAAAGGACUUUCACUUUCAGUCUCCCUCACAGAGUCAAAUUCUCGCACUUUCCAUCGCUUACAGGACUGCAUGGUUGCUAUAGGCAACUGGAGGGAGGCUCUUCUCAUUGCUGAGCAAAGCAGAGCUCGUACGCUCGGAGAAAUAAUGCUUGCACGAAAAGAAAGUCAACUUGAGAAGGCUCUUACCUCACCACUAAACCUGGAGCAUGUGUACUCCAUUGUGAGCUCACAAAAGUCUCCUGUUCUCUACCUCACCCACACUGGAGCUAGUCUGUUUGGCUGGGUGCUUGUCCCAGCUGAAGACAGUGACAGCAUUUCGAUCGAGAUGUUUGAAAUUCCCAUAUCAGAUGACCAGUUCAAUGGAAAGAGCUUCGAUUACCACAUCAGAUACGGCCUUACAGAGGUCUUAGUGGAGCAGAGCUAUGAGAUGUAUCGCAGCAUUGACUAUGACAAAGAAACUACUGCUCCUGUUGCUCAACUCUUCAAGGUCAUUGGUAAACCCUUUCAAAUGACUCUUGACCGACUUCUUCCAGGAAACAAGAAAGCAAAAAUGCAAAAGAUUGUUUUGAUUACUGAUACUUACACCAGUCUAUUGCCAUUUACUUGCAUGUACGAUCCAGACAGUGAAACCUUUCUUGGUGAUCAUUAUUAUUUUGAAACCAUGCAAUCUUUGUUGACAAUGGGUAUAAUGAAUCAGCUCCCAGAACCAAUGGUUGAAUUACCAGCAGAUCCACAAAGUAUGUGCAUUGUGGGAAAUCCCAUCAUUCCCAAAUUUUACCUUAAUGGUGAAGUAUGGUCCCUGGGGAAACUCCCUUAUGCAAGACGAGAGGCUCAGUGGGUGGGGCAUAUCCUGAACACUCCACCUAUUCUGGACGAGCAAGCGACCAAAAGUGCUGUCGUAAUGCGAUUCAUGAGAGCCAAAGUGAUACACAUAGCAACCCACGGCAGCUCGGUCUCGGGUUUCUUAGCAUUUGCCUCACUCACCUCUACCAGACAAGGGGAAGGGGUUGACUCCAGUGGAGUACUGCUGCACCCGGAGGAGGUGGAGAAGCUCUCCAUCAGUCCAGCUCUUGUCGUUCUCUCCAGCUGUGACUCCUCAAGAGGUACCGUGAAGGCGGACGGUGUGCAAGGGAUGGCAAGAGCAUUUUUGUUGGCAGGUGCACAAGCUGUACUCACCGCUCUGUGGAGGGUGCCUGACGAAUCUGCAGCUGUGUUCAUGCGUUUCUUUUACCGGUUCCUUGAAAAUGGGUUUGAGAGCUCCCUCUCACUUCAGAAGGCAAUCCUCAGUUUGAGAUGCUUCUCCAAGUACUCACAGUACAUACAUUGGUCCGGUUACCAGCUAACAGGGAGAUCCAUUCGUUUGGACAUGAAGCCGUCUCCAGUGACGACUAUAUUAGAGAGCACCCUGAGGCCAAGCUCUCCGUUUCCCCGGCUCAUGCUAGUCAAGAAGCUGGAGAGUGUGUUGGUGGAUAAUCCAAGACUACCCACUGAUAUUCAGAUUCUUCAUGGAUCUCCUGGAGUGAAGCCAUCUGAAAUUGCCAUUGACUUCAUUCACUCUUGCCACGCUAAAUUUCCAGCUGGCAUUUUCUGGAUCAGCUGUCGCACACCAGACAUCAUUGAUGCCAGUCUGAAAAGCAUUGAGAAAACAAUUGACAAGCCUCUGAACAAGCUGCGACUUAGUGACACACAGCAAGCAUUGGUGGUCCUGGACAAUGCAAUCGAACUGCCAAGCUCGGGAAAACUGAUCAGCUUCCUAAAGCACACGAACGUUCACAUCAUUAUUCUGUCAAAGUCAGCAGAUCCCCUCGACUCUUUCGUAAAAGAAGUUGAUAAAGCCUUGAUCAGAGGUUGCAGUAUACACGAAGUGAAAACACUCUCAACAAUUGACUCCACCCAGCGAAUCGUGUACGAAAUCUCCAAGCAGUACUAUCUAAAAGCAAAUAACAAUGAUCAAGCAAUCUUUGAGAAAUUGGCUGAGUUUACAUCUGGCUCACCCCUAAUUGUUGACAUAGCCGCACAAGUUCUGCUCAAGUUUGUGCAAGAGAAUUCUGACGAACCUUCUGAAGGUCUAAACCAAUUUGCUGAUUCCAUUCAGCUUUCAAAAUCUCGGAAAGUUGUCCAUAAAUCUCCUUCAUUGGCAAGUUCUCUUCAAGGAGUCGAGGAUACAUGUUUUCAAGUGAGGGAAAUUUCAGACGCACUCACACGCCUUGUUCCAAACGUCGCCAGUGUGUCGCCGAAUCACACAGAUGUGUGGGAGUCAGAGAGUGAGUACGACUCUUGGGACUCGAUCGGAGCCUUGAUCCAACGUUGCGUAUCCACUCCAGGAGAAAUGUUGCUGCUUCAAGCCCUGUCCAUUUUUGGUUGUAUACCAAUUCCAAUUCCUUUGGUCACUACCAUGUCCUCCCUGAUAGCUCAGUCAUCAGGUCACUCACACUUGGCUGGCAUCUUGCACGAGCGACUAAUGGAGGCAAAGUUGAUAUUAAGGUAUCCCCAGCCAGUUGUUCUUCAUUCUACUUACACUAAAGGUGACAAAGCCAGUGAAGAGCCACUCUUCUUGUACCUUCCUCAGCACUUGGCUAGUCAGCUGUGGCUAUGUAAUGACAUCGAUCAAGUAAUGGCUGUAACAGUUGCAUACAAAGCAUUGCAAAAAGUUAUCGACGAAAAUUCACCAAAAAGUCCAGAGCUCUUACAUUUUUAUCUCGGACUCAUCCCACCACUUGAGGAAAAAACUGCACUACUAGCUAUUGAAAAGAAGCAUUGCUAUGAGGCAGUGUACGAGUUAUACCUGCAGCUGUCACAUCAACUCAGCUCCAAUAAUCACACCCACACCUGAUUCUUCGUUUAAAAGUCAGUUCUAGUUUACACUUGUUUUUUUGGACCAAGUACACACCCCUAAAGUCACCAAGCUAACUUAUAAUUAUAGCAUUAAUCAGUCACAUUGUUACACUGUACUCUGUACUUUUCCCUAGCUGUCAUACAGAUAGAUAUCUCUAGUCCAUAAUUGCCUCAUGCAGUGGCUAUUUAAUGCCUUUCAUGUACUGAAGUGAUUCUAUUGACUGAUACUCAGUUUCACUUUUGAAUUCAUGUGUGUGCCUCUCUUUGUAUUUUGUUUCUAUUAUUUACUAUUGUAAGUUGCCUAUUAUUUUGUGUUUCAAUGUUUAGCUGCCUAUUAGUGUUUCAAUGUUUAGCUGCCUAUUAGUGUUUCAAUAUGUUUAGCUGCCUUUGUACUCGCCUAAAGUAUUAUAUAGCUACGUACAUCAUAAUGGUUUGUUUCUAUUUUGUAUAUACCGAUAUUCACUUUGUAUGUAUUUGUUUUGAUGUUUAGUAAUAA